AUGUUCUUCACACAACUUUUGCAUACCGGCCAGGUCGCGUUGUGUGCAUACGGCGCAUACGUGUCCUAUGUCGCUAUCAGCAAUCUCCAGCAAUACGAAGAGACGAGCAAGAAGGCAGCCAAGUACUCGACCGAGGCCGAGCGUCAGCUUCACAAGACAAGGACCACACAGAGCAGUGGUGCUGUCUGCAUCUUGGCCUCACUCAUUGCGGCUACUACACUGUCGCUGGCACCCAACUCUCUGCCAUCUAUGGUCAGGUUCGGUAUCUCGCCUGCCGCUUUAGUCUUGACACUGUUUGUGCGUGCUCACGUGUCCAACUUCUGGAAGGCCAAGGCCAAGGUUCCCUUCGUCGACGGAUAUAACGAGGCCAUCUCAAAGACUGGAGAGCUUCUGCAAGUCCUCGAGUGGCUCGAGUACACUUGGGCUGGAACCGCGCUCGCUAGUGGACUUGUCGGAUAUUGA